UUCGGCUAUAUAUUCCACGAGCGUCUCUUCGAACACUGUACCUCGUAACCGAGAGAGGGAGAACGAUACGAGCGUUCGAAAACGCGCGUCGCAGGACAGGGACAGUGGAAACGAGUGUGUCGAGUGGACAGGAGCAAGCACGUCAAAGACAGAAGUGUAAAGUGUAAAGUUGCUCGUGUGAAUGUUUCGCGUCGCGUUGCGCGUCCAACGAGUGCCUCGCACAACGGGACUCCGCGCUCGAAAACGAUCGAUGAGAACGAUCGAAUGAUCCUCCGCUACGAAGAAGAAGAAGAAGAGAGAGAGACAGAUAGAGAGAGAGUGAGAAAUCGAGGGACCGGAAUUGUUCUGAUUUGCGCGAAACCGAGUGAUAUCGCGUCGCCUGGUAGAAGCAACGAAUAAUGUCGACGGGCAAGAGGCUGGCAAAGCGCAGCAUAAUCGGCACCAGGGUGUGCGCUCCCGGUCAGGACGGCAAGUACUACAGCGGCGCCAUUUGCGCCGUGAAGACGCCGCAGACCGCCGAGUCACCGGGGCAGAAGAGCGUCACGGGCACGAGUAAGACUCUGUACUCCGUACGCUUCGACAUCACCGGCGGCAGUCCGCCCAGUCCGAAGGAGUACACCGACCGCGAUCUCAUCGGACCGGGCUUCGGUUCCGUCACUGGCGCGCGAUUGGUACCCGGUCAGAAGGUUUAUCUAACGUACAACGGUAGGGAGAUUCACGCGGAGGUCACGGAGCAUCGUCAGCAUCUCGACGAGGUGGACGUGGUCAUUGCCCCGAACGGGCAAGAGGGUACUAUGAGCCUAACCAAACGUAUAGACGAAAUCAGGUUGCUCGAAUCACGUAAGAGUGCACGACUCGCCGAUCAAGACACGGAUUUCGCCAGACUCGCCGAUAUGGCUGGGGGGAUUUCCUCUUCUUUCCCUAUUACUGUCCCUAUAGCAUGUGGUAAUGUAUAUUUCAGAUCCAGGAAACGACGGCCAAGCUCGAACAAUGAUUCCGAACGGACAUACAGCGGUUGGGGCGAGAGGGUGGUUUGCGGACGUGAGGGUUGUCGCACCAACGAACGCGGUGAUUGCAUGGACGAAUGCGCUGCCGCUCUGGUCCUUAUGUCGCUCUCGUGCUCACCUCACAGUCCUCACAACCCCCCGCCACUUCACUGCCAAUACAAUUACGGUUCCUGGGGGAGUCGUGGAGGCGGAGGCAGCGGCAUGAUCGCCGGCUCACCGGGAGUCGGCGGUAUGUCAAAUAGCAGUAGCAGCAGCGGGGCUUCCUGGCGAAGCGGCACUCCCAGCCCACCCCUUAGCGAGGAGGGUGUACCGACGAGAAGUUCUCCGUGUCCGGCGACCUCACAUCCCUCGCACAAUCAGCCGCACUACCCCUACAACACGUCCGGCUCGUCGUCGAGCAGCACCCCGGGCUCGACUACGCUGGAUGAGGGAAUAGUGCCCGACUAUAUCGAGGAACAACACCCGCGUAAGAAGAUUCGAGCGAAAGUCAACCAGGACCCGAUCGAGACCGAGCCAGGCGCUUGCGCGACUUUCGAAAGCGAACAGGCGAAUGCGGCAGUGGUCUUCAAGUGCAAUUGGCCGGGUUGCCUCGAAAUCAAGGCGACCGUCGCACUUAUUGAAGAACAUGUGCGCCAGUCACAUCUGCUUCUGGGCCCAAAGAAAUCCAAGGGAUGCGACAGCGAGGAUGAUCACGAGGAGGAAUUCUACUAUCAGGAAGUCGCUGUGGAUCACAUGAGUUCACCUCCCACGAUGUCUCAUCGGGACAUGGCAAGACCGCCGCACGAGGACCCAGAGUAUCAAAAGCAGCUUCGUCUUGAGGCGACUCCUGCCGCGAGUAACUUUAUCGAGAACGUAAUGGUCGGUGUCAGGGAACCGAGCAACACGUUUACGAUCUCGCAAUCGCCGGGUACACCCAAUAAACACAUCAAACUGUCCCCGCGGCCAUUGCAGGCGUGUCAUCAACAGAACAUGACAGUGUCCACGGGCAAGCCGUCCUCUCCGCGGCGAACUCGCAGCGAUGUUAAGAAAUGUCGCAAGAUCUACGGUAUGGAUUCACGUGACCUCUGGUGCACUCAAUGCAGGUGGAAGAAGGCCUGCACCCGUUUCUGCAGCGAAUAGGCCAAGCGUCCGCCCCGUUCGUACGUCCGUGGGCGGAAACCCUUGUCAAGUCGACCCCAGAGUUUGCCAAUGCUACGUUGAACGUUAACACCAACUGCCAAAUGCCAAUCAUCGUCGAAGAUAAAAGCUCCCGCAUUCGGAGCACGAGACGCGAAACCGCCAAUUAUAUCGCCGGUUGUAGCGAAAAGUGUUACCCUAUGAGUUAUUCCAGCAUAUACCUGGACUUCUUAUGAAAAAGCAAAAAUGCAAAGCUCGUAAAAGCAGCAUCUCUUCCUCUGCUCUCUGUUUCCCGUCGUCGAGACGGCAUGCACGAGUUUCGAAGAGAAACAUCUCUCCAUAAUUACGGUUGGCGGGUAGCUCUAUAGGGUUGAUAAUCGUGCAUGAUAUAACACUUUUCUAGUGCUCAUAGAGGAAGUUACCGACGUAAGAUUUAUCUGAACGAUUUCCGCUCGUUCGUGUUUUGCGCUUGGCAAACUCCGACCGGGUCCCUUAGCCGUAACGAGGGACUUUUCGAUUAUAAAUAGAUAGCGAAUAAUUGGCGUGCGGAGCGAGGCGACCUCAAACUGUUGCAUUCUCUCGCUCCCAACUCGCCUAACAAAGAGAACCUUUUGGUUCGGUACGAAUGAGAUACGCACUCGCAUUCGAAGCGAGCAUGCAUGUCCUUCGAAGUGCUGAUUCCCGAACCGUCUCUUAGGUCAUUGCAAUAGAUCUUCCUUCUUCCGCUAAGAGCGCAAACGUUAACGCACUCUCGGUAAUGAUGGAACUAAAAGUGUUAGAUCAAUCCUCAGGGACGCCGUCCGGCCAAUCCCUGGGGAACAAGCGAUCGAAUCUGACGGACGAAGGGAAGACCGGCGGAAUCGAUGUUCGGUCUGACCGAUGUUCAAUGCUAAACGAACGCAGACAAGCAAGAUUGGUAAGUCUCGCGUGGAACAGAGCUGCUAAUUGUGAUAUUGUAUCUAAAUUUAUUGGAUCUGCCGCGGAUCGAGCAGGAAAGCGCAAAGGCGUGUAAAGAAAUGAGAGGAAAGAUAAAAAAAAAGAAGAAACAAAAUUUUAUACACCAAUUAUACUGCCAGAUAAAUAAUUCAAAAAAUUGUUGUUCAAGCCUCUCUCUCGCGCGUUAAAGAGGCACUAUAUGUUGCACGGCAUGCGUCGCCGUAUACCGGACUUAGCCUUGUUAGCCUUCUGACGACCUAAGACCGUGUUCGCCAACAAAGGAGCUGCACGCGCGUAUUGGGGUAGGGCUGCGCAGUUGAAUCGAUCGAUCUAAUAUUUGAAGAUUUCGCUCCAGAUCACGUACAUACACUCAUUAAACACACAGGUACACUUAUAUACAUACAUGUACCGCGUGUUGCAUCAACAUAUUGGCCAGGCACGUCGGUUAUUUUAUAAGUGUAAUGCCUACUAGAGAAGGUAUUACAUUCAUAAUAUGUAAUCAAUCGAUUAAUUUUAUAAAUGUAAUAUUUAUUAGAAAAACAUUUAUAAAAUAAUCUGACAUACUGACCGAUAUAUGUUGACGCAACAGGCGGUACAUCGCGAGCGCGAAGAAUGGUGACAUCACAUUUGUAUAGUCUAAUCUACGUCAUUUCUUAUACUCCUUUCUCGCUUCGGGUCGUUCGCGGGACGAUUUAUCCACUCGAAUCGAUUAUUUCGAAAUACAACGUUUGAUCUCGAUAAUUUUUCUAAUGUAGCGAUAACGAAUGGACACUUGCAAAUUUUAUAUGUUGACAAAUUUGAUGAAACAAACUUUGCAAGUAAGCGCUAUGUCCUAAGAGGAUUCAACAUUAAUGACUCCUGAUUUCUCAUCGUA